ACACCUGCCGCCGUUUCUCGAUUGAAAGACUUGACACAAGGACCCACACCAAAAUACUUGAGGGUGGGUGUCAGGCAAAAGGGUUGUUCAGGAAACUCAUAUACCUUGGAAUUUACAGACACAAAAGGCAAAUUUGACGAAAUUGUUAAUCAAGACGGUGUCACUGUACUGGUAGAUUCUAAAGCAUUAAUCACAGUAUUAGGAUCAGAAAUGGAUUUCGUUCAAGAUAAGCUAUCGGAACACUUUGUAUUUAAUAAUCCCAACGUCAAGGGAACUUGCGGCUGCGGAGAGUCUUUUGCUGUCAACUAA